AUGGUAGCCGCGCCGUCCCGUCCUCGGCACCCUCUCGCCGCGCAACCCACCUUUGAAGAGCCCGUGCCGCACAAAGGCAGGCUCUCGCCGCUGUCUAGCUACGACGCCGGCACCGGCGCCGGCCAGGUCGGCACGUUGUCGCUCAACGGAGCACCGGCGCUGCCCCUCACCAAGUUCUGCAAUCGCUGCACCUCGCUCAACGUCAACCACACAACUGGCCGCUACGGGUGGUCCUCGACCAGGAAUAAAGGCACCCGACUGUAG